AUGCCCAAAAUGCGAGUGAAGAAGGAACACGCCAUAGCAAACUUGAGCCUAAGAGGAAGAGUUGAAACUCACAGUCUAACUGGAGGGAUGAAGGUAGUGGAAAAGAGGCUGAGUCGAAAUGCAGAUGAUCAGAAUUGCGAUCAUGUGAUGUACGUAAUUACUGUCACUUCCGGCGGUCCCAUUUCCUCAACUUUCACUCGACAUACCGGCGAACUGAAAUUGCCACUCAUUCUACGUUGUAUGGGAUCCGAAGAAAACGAAACGUCUCUCGAGAUAUCCGAGCCAGAUACUCAGUUCGUACCGAGGGAGGACGACGACCAACAGCUAUUCCGUGUCAUUGAGAUAACAGAUGAGAACUCUAAAGGGUACAAAGUCAAAUGGGCAGGAAAGGACCCAAAAACGAAGAGACCUUGGCCACAAAGUUGGGUGCCAAAACAUGAUUGUACGAAUGACUUGGUUCAUGAAUGGAAGAAGAAGAAGGCGAGGAUGAGAGCCUCGGGUGCGCGCCAUCCCCAUCAUAAUAUUUCUCCUAAUCGACUUAUUGACUUUCCAGCUUCGAACACGCCGAUCUCAGAAAUUUCCAAAGCUUUGCAUUACAAAUCUACAACGCAAAGUCCCUCCACGAAAGCGCAACGUUCCCGUGGAAAGCGAACAACUUUACAAGCAAAUCCUGUCUGGGACGAUCCCCCCACCGCUGGUCCUUCAGUCAAGAAACGCAAGACAGCAGGCAACCCUCAGCCUUCCCGUGAAAACAAAAGAAGGAAAAUCAGAGAGGUCUACGCCUCAGAGGAUGGUUCAGCAGCUGAAGUACACCUUUCCGACAUUGAUGAGAAACCGAACAGGAGAUCUCCUGGCCGUGGAAAAGUUAAAGGAGAGGAAAGCGGAUCUAAGCAAGGACCUGGUGGUCCUACGCCGGUCAGGGGAAAAGAGAAGGUGACUGGCGGCGGCCAGCCUAUCUCCAAUUCUCCACCGUCACCUCGUCAACGCCCUGCUACGACUAAAUUGACGCAUGGUUUGCGCGUAUAUACCGGUACCUCCGAUGUCGACAACUCAGUAGAUUCCUCCGAUGAUACUCCUCCAGUUGCUGAAGUUAUGGAGAAGCCAUCGCCAACCCGUUCCAAUACCCGGACAUCACAAGAAGACUGUCAUCUACGGCAAGAUUUGGGACUCAUUCAACCUGUAUUGCUGCAGAACGAGUCUGGUCCAAUAUCGGGUGCCAAUGCCAUCCAUAAUUUGAAUGCGCAAGUCGCAGUAACUCGCCCUGUUUCUCCGUUGUUAUCACCAGGUGCUGUAGCUCGCCUUAAGGAAUACGAUGACUUUUGCCGCGAAGUCGAUGAAGAGGAACAGAGAAUGAGGGCCGAAGAAACUGUCAAGGGAUCUCCUGCAUGUCAACGGUCACCUCAGACCGGGCAUGGCGGAGUUUUGCACUCCGGUUUCGAAAAGAAUGGCACUCUUCCCCUCCCCACUUCAUUCAAGCCAUCCUCUCCCGAUCAGGAAUCACCUCAAUCGCGGACAGCGGAGAUGCAUCUAAAGAUUGCGGUUGACGCAUCUGAGAUUGUUCCCGAAACAGAGACGCAAUCAUCUACCAAUACUCAACGUCCUCCUGAACGAGUGACACUAGUUUCUAAAAUGAGACCUCGGUCGUCCCCCAGCAAGGCAAGCAUUCUGUCAUCACCAAAGCAGUCAGUAUCAUCAUCCAACGAACGAGAAAAGCGUAAUGGAUCGGCUCAGGAUAAAUCCCUCAAACCUGUACCUGUUGUCUCUCCUUCCCACUUUGUGCCGUACCUACAAACCGUUCGGCCUGAAAGGGAAGAUGUGGAAGAUGUGGACGAUACCAUUGAACAGUUCAGCUCACCUGAGAAGGGCACCACGACCAGGGCACUUUCACCGAGGUCCAGGAAAGAAGCACAAACGCGAAAAGAUCGCCAGGAUUCUGCGAGGGUACGGGAAGAAGGCCUCGCAAUGUCUGAAAAAGCGAGAAAAGCGAGGGUGUGGACCCAGAAUGGCGGUGGACCACCAAAGAAGAGAACGCUGAGCCAAGUUGCUAGGUCGGCUCACUCGUGUGCUGAAGGGGAUGAUGUUGCACUUGACAUUGGCAUGGACGAUCCGAUAGACGACCAUCUUAUUUCGGAGGGACCUGACAAUGUCGAUUUUCAUUAUAACGAUCGGCCGGCUAUUUUAGAUUCACAAAAUCCAAGUUUAGAAACAGGCGCGAGCUCCCCGGUCAGUUUGAAGAGGACUAACACCUCUAAGGUUGCGAGUAAUUACGAGGGGAAACAUCCGCUCACGGAGGAGCUGAAAAAUGCGCUGAACAAGCUCACAGUUCUAGAAAAUGCCCUUGCUAAAGAGCGGUCCGAGAGGUAUUUGCAGCGAGAGCUUCCGGAAACUUUACGCGAAAAGAACGAACAGAUUUGUCGUUUGGAAACAAACGUCAGGCUCGAAAAGGAGGAGAAACAGGUGCUUCUCGCGAAGAUAGAAACACUUGAGGAGACUCUCGCAGUUGCUCGUUUGGCCGCUGUUGUCUCUUCCGAUCCAACUCCGGAUGUGCUAGUUACCACCGGAUUCGCCGAGGAACUCAAGGCUGCUUUGAACAAGGCCCAAUCUGACAAAACUAGCCUCGAGAAAGAUAGGGAUUUUUUCAGAGAGGAGUGGUCCAAGGCGUCCGGGUUUGUCACAGAGGUUCGAAAGGAAAAUAUAGAACUCGAGCAGCGAGUUCAAAUCGCCGAAAGUCAAGCCAAAGAGGGUGUGGCGAUGGUCAAGGCCACCUUUCAAGAACGAAUCAAGUUUUUGGAAGACAAUGCCAAGCAGGCCUAUAACCUUGCUAGUUUUAUCAUGGAGAAGGACAAGCGAACGAAUGAUGAAAUUCGAAGACGAGCAGCCCAGGAACCCGAAUUGCGUAAACAGGUUGAAUCCCUGGAAGGGGAGUUGGAGAGCAGGGAUUUACAGAUCGAAGCCCUCGAGGCCAGUCUUCAGUCAACUACUGCUGAGAAAGAAAAGCACUUGGGAACCUGGAAAGCCGAAGUGGUUCGCUUAACAAAAGACCUCAACAUGUUGAAAACAGAGAGGGACCGCGCAGGACAGAAUCAUGAUGAUCCUGAGAAGCAAGUCUUUCGAUGCAUGCUGAUGGACAACAAGGGACAGGGACUGUGCCACUAUUAUUCUGACACACGUGAAGUUCGUAUCCAUUGA